AUGCAUUCAAGAUUACUGGUAAUCGGCUCGUUCUGUAUCGUGUCUGCACUUGGACAAGACUGGGGUGGAAUGGGAGGAGGUGGAUACGGUGAUGGCGGUAUGGGAGGUGGAGGAUGGGGCAACGGCGGAAAUGGUGGCGACUUUGGUGGUGGCUAUGGAAAUGGUGGCGACAUGGGAGGUUACGGUGGAUAUGGAGGAGAUGGAGGAGACGGAGGAUAUGGUGGUUAUGGAGGUGGCGGCUAUGGCGGUGGUGACAUGGGUGGUUAUGGAGGUGGCGGAUACGGAGGAGACGGUGGCAUGGGCGGAGGAUUCGGAGGAUACGGAGGAAUGGGUGGAAUGGGCGGAUUCGGUGGAGGAUACGGCGGCAAUCAAGGCGGCGGCCAACCAGACCAAUUCGGCGGUAUGGGCGGUUACGGUGGACAACCAUACAUGGGCGGCAUGAACGGCAUGGGAUAUCCACAGUGA